AUGAGUCUUCUCUCCUCUUGCCUUGCUCUUCUCUUCGCCGUUCUUCUCGCCUUUGCCUCUGUUUCCAUGGUCAACGCUGAUCCCGUCCCGUUAUGCGACUCAUCUUGCCCGGUUAGUUCAAUUGUGAAUUUGAAAAACUCGGACUCGUUACUGCAAUUACUGAUUGAUUAUAAGAAGAACAUCGCCACUUGUUGUUUCGCAAAAGGCUAUUUGAAUGGUGGUGCCUGCAUUAGUGGAGCCGCCUUCUGCAGC